GUAGUUAGUAGUAGUAGUAGUAGUCAUAAGUAGUAGUGUAGUUGUAGUAGUAGUAGUUAUAGUAGUAGUAGGUAGUAGUUCCCAGUAGUAGUAGUAAAAGUAGUAGUAGUAGGUAGUAGUAGUAGUAGUGGUAGCAGUAGUAGUAGUAUAGUAGUAGUCAUAGUAGUAGUUGUAGUUGAGUAGUAGUAGAGUAGUUCUAGUAGUUAGUAGUAGUAGUAGUAGUAGUUAGUUCCCAGUAGUUAGUGAUAAGAGUGUAGUUAGUAGGUAGUAGUAGUAAGUAGUAGUUGUCAGUAGUAGUAUUCCAGUGUGUAGUAAAGGUAGUUUAGUAGGAAGGUCGCAUGUAGAAGUAGUAGGUAGUAGGAGUCGUAGUAGUAGUAGUAGUAGUAGUGAAGAUAGUAGUAGGUACGUAAGUAGUAGUAGUAGUAGGAGUUGCUAGUGAGUGGUAGUGGUGAAGUAGUAGUAGUGUGUAGUCAGUAGUAGUAGUGCCAGCAGUAGUAGUUAAAUUCGUGUGUAGUAGUAGUAGUGAGUAGUAAGUAGUUCCAGUAGUAGUAGGAAAUGGAUUACCGAGUAGUAGUAGUAGGUCUAGAAGUAGUAGUAAGUAGUUAGUAGUAGUAGUAGUCAGUAGUAGUAGUAGUAGUAGUUAGACAUUAGUAGUUAGUAGUAGUAGUAAGCAAGAAGCCACAAGAGUCAGUAGAAUAGUAGUAGUUCUAGUAGUAGUAGUAGUUAGUAGUAGUAGUAGUUAUGUAGUGUAGUAGUAGUUCCAGUAGUAGUAGUAAUAGUAGUAGUAGAGUAGUAGUAGUAGUAGUAGUAGUAGUAGUAGUAGUAGUACUUCUAGUAGUAGCAAUAGUAGUAGCAGUAGUAAUAGUCGUUAUAGUAGUAGCAGCAGUAGUAGUAGUAGUAGUAGUUCUAGUAGUAUAGUUAAGUAGUAGUAGGUAGUGGUAGUAGUAGUAGUAGUAGUAGUAGUAGUUCCAGCAGUAGUAGUAGUAGUAGUAGUAGUAGUAGUAGUAGUAGGUAGUAGUAGUAGUAGUUAGUAGGUCUAGUAGGAUUAGUAGUUUAGUAGAGCAGUAGUAGUAGUGUAGAGUAGUAGUAUAGUAGUAGUAGGUAGUAGUUUUCGUAGUAGUAGUAGUAGUAGUAGUAGUAGUUUUGGUGUAGUAGUAGUAGUAGUAGUAGUAGUAGUAGUAGUAGUAGUAGUAGUUACAGUAGUAGUAGUUAAAAGUAGAGUUAGAUAGUGGGGUUAGUAGUAGAAUAGUAGUAAUAGUAGUCGUAAGUAGUAAUAGUAGUAGGUAGUAGCCAGGGGUGGUAGUCAGUAGUAGUAGCGGUGGGUCUUAGUAGUAGUGAGUAUUAAUAUUAGUAGUAGUAGUGUAUUAAGUAGUUCCAGUAGGUAGUAGUAAAAGUAUUAUGUAGUAGUGGUAUAGUAGCAGUAGUAGUAGUAGUAGUUAGUGCAGUAGUAUUAAGUUAGCAGAAGUAGUAGUAGUAUAGUAGUAGUAAUAGUAGUUAGUAGUAGGAGUAGUAGUUAGUAGUCAGUGUAGUGUAGUAGUAGUAGUAGUUGUUCUAGUAGUCUAGUAGUAGAGUGUAGAGUCGUAGUAGUAGUAGUAGUAGUCCAGUUAGUUGUAGUAAAAGUAAGUAGAGCAGUGGUAUAGUAGGAGCAGUAGUAGUAGUUAAUAGGAGUAGAAAUAGUAGUAGUAGCAGUGGUGGUUAGGUAGUAGUAGUAGUAGUGGUGGUGGGUGGGCGUAGUAGUAGUAGUAGUAGUAGUAGUAGUUAGUUAGUAGUAGUAGUAGUAGCAGUAGUAGUAGUUCUAGUAGUAGCAGUAGUAGGAGUAGUAGCAGUAGCAGUAGUAGUAGUAGUAGUAGUUAUAGUUGUAAUAGUAGGAGUAGUAGUAGUAGUAGUAGUAGUAGUAGUAGAAGUAGUGGUAGUAGUUAGUAGUAGUAGUAGUAGUAGUAGUAGUAGGUGUGUAGUGGUAAUAGUAGUAGUAGUGGUGGUAGUAGUAGUAGUAGUAGUAGUAGUAGUAGUAGUGGUAGUGGUAGCCAGUAGUAGUAGUAGUAGUUUAGUAGUAGUAGUAGUAGUAGUAGUAGUAGUAGGUAGUAGUUUAGAGUAGUAGUAGUAGUAGUUAGUAGUAGUAGUAGUUGUUCUAGUAGUUCUAGUAGUGUAGUUAGUAGUAGUAGUGUAGUAGUAGUAGUAGUUCCAGUAGUAGUUAGUGUGAGUAAAGUUAGUCUAGUAGAAGUAGUGAGAAGAAGUAGUAAUAGUACGUAGUAGUAGUAGCAAGUGGUCUGGGUAGUUAGUACGUAUAGUAGUAGUGGUGGUGGUAGUAGUAGUAGUAGUAGUAGUAGUAGUAGUAGUAGUUAGUAGUAGUAGUUCAGUAGCAGAGUAGUAGUUCUAGUAGUGCAGAGAGUAAGUAAGUAGUAGGAGGUAGUAGCUAGUAGAGUAGUAGUAUUAGUAGUAUAGUUGUUAGUUGUAAUAGUAGGAAGGGUUAGUAGUAGUAGUAGUAAGUAGUAAGUGAGUAGUAGUAGAAGUAGUGUGGUAGUAGUAGUAGUAGUAGGUAGUAGUAGUAGUAGUAGGAGGGGCAGCGUAGGAGAGGAGGAUAGGGAGGUCGGAGGGGAGAAGUGAGUAGGAGGAGAGGCGGGGUUCAGAGGUGGAGGCAGGAGCUAGUAGUAGUAGUGGUGGUAGUAGUAGUAGUUAGUAGUAGUAGUAGUAUCCAGUAGAGUAGGUAGGAGUAUCGUAGUAGUAAGUAGUGGGGUAGGAGUAGAAAGAGGAGGUGGAGUAGGAGGAGGUAGGAGGAGUAGGAAGGUAGUAGUAGUGAGUAGUAGGAGUAGUGUAGAGGGAAGAAGAAGACAGUAGGAGGAGCGAACUAGAGACGCGUAGGCUAAGAUUAAUAUCCGCACUCUACCUACUCCUCUAUCUACUCAUCUCUCUCCUUCUAUCUCUCCUCUCCUCUCCUCUCCUCUCCUAAUAUAUUCCAUUAUAGAGUAGUAGUAGCUGACCCUCCUCUUUUCUCUCUUCCUGCUGUUCCCUCUGUCAGGCCCACAAUGUCUCUGCUCCCCCCAUCCUCUGAGCAGCUCUCUGGGGGCUCGGCCACACUGGCCUGACUGCUGAGCGGCUACUCCCCCCAGGGGGCGAUGGUGAGCUGGUAGGUGAACGGGAGGAUGUGACGGAGGGGGUCCUGACCACCACAGAAGAAGAGAAGGGUGGCCUCUACAGCCACAGUAGCACCUUGACCCUGAGCAAGGCACUCUGGGUAGUGGGAGAGGUGUACACCUGCAGGGUCACCCACUACGACACCAGUGAUUCAGCCGCCUUCCGGAGAAGUCACUUUAGUGUCUAGAAGCCAUUGUAGGGAGCUAGAGAGUCCCCACAUGGUGCUAGUUCUGGAAACAUUAGUGUUUUAGAGCUGAAUGUUAAAGUAUAAUAGUGAAUAAUAUCAGUAGUGCUGAGUGCUAAAUGAACUAUUUUGAGAUUAAGUUGUGCAUGUCAUCUUGCCUCUGAGUUCAAAUAAAGCUUGUUUUGAUUUAAAUAUAACCCCAAGAGUUGAUUUAAUCAUGAUUCCAGUGAUCACUGACUCAUGAAUAGGCAGCACAUUUCAUACUAAUUUAGAUCAAUCAGCUUCUUCCAUUAUUUCAGCAUUGUAACAUAUAGCUACUCUCAUGUUUUGUAACAGAAUUUAAAGGGCAUCUGAUCCACAAAUACUCUGCAAUCAUUUCUACAACUGAAUGAUCCUGUUAUACUGUAGCAUCAAUACCAGUGAUGAUAAUGAGUGAUAUUUGAUAAUAAUCCUCUAACAUCUGCUCUCAGAACUCACACUGCUAAACAGUUACUUUCCAUAACGUAUGUCUAUUUACAAUGUUUAAUUCUUAAUGUGAUUUUAUUAAAUUAGAUCUUUUAGCAACGGUUUUCAACAAUGUGUAGUCUAAACUUCUCCAUUAUAUUUCCCCAGAUCUUCUCUACCUCCAACCCCCUGGGAUCAGAGUGAACAUUUGGUGACAGUGCUGCUCUAUUUUGGGACAAGCAGAACCACCCAGCCCUGUCUAUGCAAAUCUCAGUUUCACUCCCACAUAUAUCAGUCUAGCAGUUGAACAGUUUCACUGUCUGAAAUACCCUGGACUGGGCCAGAUAUUAGGGACUGUCUGGUUUUAACCUCUAUGGUGGAUGCAGGAAGGGAGACAUAACAGAUAUGCCAUAAUGUAAUUAAUGACAGAUAAAAUUAGUAUUAUACUUUAGUGUAUGUGAAUAGUAUACAUGUGACUCAUGGUUGAGUCCAGCAUCAGGUCUCAUUCACAGGUCUAGCAGUCAGUAACCUACUCAUGACAAAAAGUUAAUAUUUUGCUAUAGAGUAAUACUUCCAUUUAAAUCAGAUAUUUGGUUGUGAGGUCCAUAUGAGGACUUUUUGGGGGGGCUGAAGAGAUUGUAACUUUUACGUAAUGUUGAGGUCAUAACAUAUUUUGUUUGGCUUCACAUGUGGACUGGUAAUAGCUCCCAUUUGACCUGUGUACCUACAUUGUCCAGCAGACAAAUAUCAACUAUCGUCUACACAUGACUGUAUCUUGUUGACUAUGUCUAAGGCUGUACAGAGCUGGGUAAAAAAAGUGGGGGGCAGUCAAUGUUUUCACCCCUAGAUGCAGCACAUCUCCCCAAAUAAUUAUUGCCUUCUCAAUGUGUAAAUGUAUGGUUUUAAACUGUAGUGCUUUGUGUUUUAUGUUGUAAAUUGUGUGUAAAGCUUUGUGUGCUGCUAUUUUGGCCAGGCCUCUCUUAUAAAAUAGAUAUUUAAUCUCAAUGAGACUAACCUGGGAAAAUAAAGGUAAAAUAUAUACAUAAAAAUAUGUUUCAAAAUAUCUAACUUUUUUAGGUGAACUUUCACAUCAUAUCAAAUAUAAUGAGGUACAUGAUGAUGAUGAUGAUGAUGAUGGGUGUCACGCCCUGGCUCUAGGGACUCUUUUAUGUUGAGCCAGGGUGUGUAGUGUCUAUGUGUUGUGUUCUAUGUUCACGAUCUAGUUUAUGUGUUUCUAUGUUGGCCGGGGUGGUUCUCAAUCAGAGGCAACGUGAAUCAGCUGUUGCUUGUUGUCUCUGAUUGGGAACCAUAUUUAGGCAGCCUAUUGUGCAAUUGUCUUUUGUGGGAUCUUGUUCCGUGUAGGUUUGUGUAUGUUACCGAGGACUUCACGUAUCGUUUUGUUGAUUUUGUGUUUGUGUUGAAUUAUAAUAAAGUAUGUACUCAUAUCACGCUGCGCCUUGGUCCGCUCCUUUUGACGAUCGUGACAAUGGGAAACAUGGGAUCUGAAUGAUGCUUUCCAAACAUAUUCAAAGUUGACUUCACUAACCAGUGUUCCAUGUCACUGUCUCUUCCCCCUCAGUACCUGCAGUAGGUCCCAGCUGUAGCAGUACAGUCACUGUACAGUCUGACUGAGGGAGGUUUUUGUACGGCUCUGUAUCACUGUGUGAACACCCAGACACUAUUGGGAUAGUGUAAACUCUGACAGUAGUAAUCUCCUGCAUCUUCAGCCUGGACUCCACUGAUGGUCAGAGUGAAGUCACUCCCAGAUCCACUGCCACUGAAUCUAGGAGUCCCAGAAUGGAGUUUGUUCCCUGGGAGCAUAAUGAGUUUGGGUUUUUCUCCAGGUUUCUGUUGGUACCAGGUUAGACACUGAUGGCCCCCUGACUGACCAAUGUAACAAUCUCCAUGCACAUUACUGCUGGUUUUACAGUUCAGAGAGACUGUCUGUUCUGGGAGAACAGCUUUCACUGCAGGAGUCUGAGUCACAGUGUACUGUCCUCUGGAUUCUGAAACAUAGAAACACUAAUAAUUAUACAUCACCAGGAAUUAAUAAAACAUUCUUAACAAUCUUUCAGUUCACUCAAAUUGUUUACUUUUCAUUAUACAAACACAUAAUUCCUUUUUUUUACCCUUGAUGUAGAAGGCAAAUAUCCAGAUGAAGAUGGUGAUAAAAGUCAUGGUUGUUGUGGGUUCUGUUGUCAUGAAGGACAGCUCUCAGUCAUGAAGUGUUAAACUCACAGGGAUAUAAACACUCCCAGAGCACUGAAGCAUGUGCUGUCAAUGCAAAGUUUAACAUUUAAAUAAUAUUCCUGGUAAGGACCCACAUUCUUAAAUGUUAACUAUGAUACAGAUUUUUCAGACAAUUGUAUCAUGUUUUGAAUAACUAAAAUAAAAAUAAACAAUAAAUACCUUAUAUUGUAAAUGAAGAUAAAAACUGAAUUAUCUGCAUUCUUCAGUGGAUUAUAGUCAUAACCCAGGACUAUGAGUCCCUAUUGUAUUAUACUCAUAACCCAGUACUAUCAGUCCCUAUUGUAUUAUACUCAUAACCCAGUACUAUCAGUCCCUAUUGUAUUAUACUCAUAACCCAGUACUAUCAAUCCCUUUUGUAUUACACUAGUACUUCAAUACUAUCUGUCCCUAUUGUAUUAUACUAGUAAUUCAGUACUAUCAGCCCCUAUUGUAUUAUACUAGUACUUCAGUACUAUCAGUCCCUAUUGUAUUAUUCUAGUACUUCACUACUGUCAGUCCAUAUUGUAUUAUACUAGUACUUCAGUACUAUCAGUCCCUAUUGUAUUAUACUAGUACUUCAGUACUAUCAUUCCCUAUUGUAUUAUACUUGUACUUCAGUACUGUCAGGGUGGUACUGAGAGUGUUUUGUGCAUGAAGGUGCUCACUCUUGUGUGAAGGAGGUUUUGUAUGGAGACUUUACCAGAAUGAAUCACUGUGGUGGACUUUUGGAAGCGGAACAAAACUGGUGCUGAAAAGUAAGUCAUUUUUUGUCUUUCUCUCAUAAAACUAAAUGUAAUCAUGCUAUUGAACAGCGUUAUGAGAUGUUAUCAUCUUCUCCGGAGGAAAGACCUUUAGGCUAUAUCUAUUUAGAGAUUUCUGUGGACAGAUUGGUAGAUUGGUAGAGGGCAGAGUCACCGAAGUGAGAGAAUUGUUCACAUACCGCCAAGUUUAUUUGGUAUAAAACCAUAAGUAUUCUAACAUUUUGUGAUGAGGUGUGAUUGAGUCAGGCGCAGGAGGUAAAAUCACUGAAUACAGAGUUUAUUCAGUCGUACAUACUAAUAGCGCAGGAAUGCAACAAAUGAAUAAGCACAGGGGAAAAUCUACCCUGGCGAAAUACAUGACAAGAGUUGCUCAACCGAGCUUUUAUAUUAAAUGAUACUGUAUCCAUUAUUUUAGAACAGUGUUUCAUUGUUCUUGUUUGAUCUCUGUACUGUAGCUAGUUGUUUAUCCUGUGUGUGUUGUUGAUCUGAAAUUGUUUUGUUCACUGAUAACACAGUCUUUUCUCCCCUCUACUCUCCUAAUGUUAUAGAGUAGUAGUAGUAGUAGUAGUAGUAGUAGUAGUAGUAGUAGUAGUAGUAGUAGUAGUAGUAGUAGUAGUAGUAGUAGUAAUAGUAGUAGUAGUGGUAGCUGACCCUCUCCUCUCCUCUCCUCUCCUCUCCUCUCCUCUCCUCUCCUCUCCUCUCCUCUCCUCUCCUCUCCUCUCCUCUCCUCUCCUAAAAUAUUCCACUAUAGAGUAGUUGUAGCUGACUGUCCUCUCUCCUCUCUCUUCUCUCCUCCAGCUGGUUCCUCUGUCAGGCCCACAGUGUCUCUGCCCACCCCAUCCUCUGAGCAGCUCUCCGGGGGCUCGGCCACACUGGCCUGCCUGCUGAGCUGCUACUCCCUCCAGGGGGCGAUGGUGAGCUGGGAGGUAGAUGGGUUGAUUUAAUCAUGAUUCCAGUGAUCACUAUCUCAUGAAUAGGCAGCACAUUUCAUACUAAUUUAGAUCAAUCAGCUUCUUCCAUUAUUUCAGCAUUGUAGCAUAUAGCUACUCUCAUGUUUUGUAACAGAAUUUAAAGGGCAUCUGAUCCACAAAUACUCUGCAAUAAUUUCUACAACUGAAUGAUCCUGUUAUACUGUAGCAUCAAUACCAGUGAUGAUAAUUAGUGAUAUUUGAUAAUAAACCUCUAAGAUCUGCUCUCAGAACUCACACUGCUAAAUAGUUACUUUCCAUUACAUACUGUACAUAUUUAUCAUGUUUAAUUCCUAAGAUGAUUUCAUUAAAUUAGAUGUUUUAGUAAUGGUUUUCAACAAUGUGUGGUCUAAACUUUUCCAUUAUAUUCCCCCAAGUCUUCUCUACCUCCAACCCCAUGGGGACAGAGUGAACAUCUGGUGACAGUGCUGCUCUAUUUUGGGACAAACUGAACCACCCAGCCCUGUCUAUGUAAAUCUUAGUUUCCCUCCCACAGCUACCAGUAUAGCAGUUGAACAGUUUCACGGCCUGAAACACCCUGGACUGGGCCAGAUGUGAGGGAGUGAACUGGUUUUAACCUCUAUGGUGGAUUCAAAGAGGGAGAAACAAUAGAUACAGUAUACAGUCAUGUAAUUAAUGGCAGAUAAAAUAGACAUGUUACUUUACGUAGAUAGUGUAUGUAGUGUACGUAUGCCUAUGGCUCUAGUUAGACCUUUUCGCUCAUGUGCGCUUUAAUUAGAAUGGAUUUAUUUCGAAGUGCUUUAAUAUUUAUUUAUUCCUAUUGUGUGUUGUGUUUUGGUUGAUUUCUUAUUUACUUAUUUGAUUGACUUCCUUUGAAUUGGUUAACACCUUUUGAGUGCUCUUCUUGUUGAGUGAAUGAGGGAAUGAGUGUGUUAGUUAGGGACCUGAGCCACGACCCCCACACUUGAGGAGUAUUGGGGUUAAUGAACUGCCCAUGUACAAAGGCAGCUCUCAGACAGUGUUCAGGAGAUUCAAGCAAGCAACGGGAGAGGACAGGUGCCACAGGCUGUGCUCAGCCACACCACUACCACUGCUGCAUCUGGGGAGAGGAGACCGGAUGAGUGUGACUCUGCUCGGGAAGAGCCGAACGGAACGACCCUACUUGGGAUGAAGAGCCGAACGACG